AUGGAAGCAGAAGUAGGAGCAAUGCCAUUGCCAACAUCAACUGAUCAUGAGAAAGAGACGCCCACAAGGCUUGAGGGGAGGUUUACUGCAAUGGUGGUGUGCUGGGUUCUUGGAAUUGGGUGUUUGUUUUCUUGGAAUAGCAUGCUGACGAUAGAAGAUUAUUAUGUUAAUUUGUUUCCGAAAUAUCACCCAUCAAGAAUCCUGACGCUCGUUUACCAACCAUUCUCCCUCGCAACACUCGCAAUACUUGCAUACCAUGAAGCCACUAUAAAUACCAGGAAACGGAACUUAUUCGGAUACAUUCUUUUCUUCUUCGGUACUCUUGCUGUUUUGCUUUUGGAUUUAGCAACAUCUGGUAAAGGUGGAAUAGGAAGUUUCAUCGGGUUGUGUGCAAUAAGUGCUUCCUUUGGAGUUGCGGAUGCUUAUGUGCAAGGUGGAAUGAUUGGAGACUUGUCAUUCAUGUUGCCUGAGUUCAUUCAAUCGUUUCUAGCUGGGCUUGCUGCAUCUGGAGCUAUUACCUCCGGUUUGAGAUUGCUCACGAAGGGAGUUUUUGAUAAUUCGCAAAACGGUUUACGAAAGGGAGCACUUUUAUUCUUCGCAUUAUGCACAAUCUUUGAGUUGCUUUGUGUCCUUCUAUAUGCAUUUGUGUUCCCAAAGCUUCCAAUUGUAAAAUACUACCGAUCAAAGGCAGCUUCAGAAGGGUCAAAAACGGUUUCAGCCGACCUUGUUGCUGGCGGGAUUUAUUCACAUUCGGGAGAGGACGAAGCAAACUCUACAAUACAUGAAAGAUUGAGCAACAAGGAAUUGUUACGAGAAAACAUAGAUUACGCGAUGGAUAUGUUUUUAAUAUAUCUUUUAACAUUGUCUAUUUUCCCUGGCUUCUUAUCUGAAGACACGGGAUCACAUAACUUGGGUUCAUGGUAUGCGCUUGUUUUGAUUGCGAUGUACAAUGUGUGGGACCUUGUGGGACGAUAUAUCCCAUUAAUCAAAUGUGUGAAGUUGGAGUCACGAAAGGGACUCAUGAUAGCGGUUCUUGCGAGAUUCUUACUUAUACCCGCAUUUUAUUUCACGGCUAAAUAUGCCGAUCAGGGUUGGAUGAUAUUUUUGACAUCGUUUUUGGGAUUAACUAAUGGUUACCUUACCGUUUGCGUCCUCACUUCUGCUCCAAAAGGCUACAAGGGACCCGAACAAAACGCAUUGGGGAAUAUACUUGUGUUGUUUCUUAUGGGAGGUCUUUUUGCCGGGGUAACGUCCGACUGGUUAUGGCUAAUUGGCAAAGGUUGGUGAGAGAUAUAAAAUCAUGUAAAUUAGACGUAUUGAAGUAAGCUAGUUUUCUAGAGUAAUUUGGUAUCAAGUGCAGAAAUAAGAC